UUUUUGUUCCUCUUGUUCUUUCCAAGAUUGAAGGCUUAUUGAUGUUCACUUUCAAGUCAUUUACAUAAAUUUUACAAGUUGCUUAAAUGAAGAAAAUUACACUGCUCUCUUGAAAUCAUUUAAGUAAAUCAUUUUAUAUGUUCACUGAAUAAAUUACUCCGUAAUCUAUCAAGUUCAAGUAUGUUUAUUACGUUUCCUUCGAAAAGAAGUAUUUUACGGAUCCUUUUAACAAUUUAUAAUUUAUAUUCAAUUCAAGGUGUUGCAUCCGAGGAAAAAUGUUUUGAUGAUAUCGGAUGUUUCAGUUGCGACCCUCCCUUUACCGACGGCUUAUACCGUCCAAGUUGUAAAGUGCCAGAAGGUAACUUGAGCAUUCGGUACUUAUUGUUUACACAGCUGAACCGGAAUGAAAGCUUUUUUAUUGGAAUAACAAAUGACUCAAUAGCAACAUCGCCAUUUGAUGGAAGUUUACCGACCAAAUUAAUCAUCCCCGGUUUUAACACAACCUUAAAUGACACUCUGGAGUUUUAUAGAAUAAAAGAUGAAUUGCUGAAAGAAAGUGCCUACAAUGUGAUUAUAAUUGACUGGACAAAAGACGAUAAUUAUCCGUACGUACAAGCUGUUGCAAACGGGAGAGCUGUUGCUGUUUAUGUAACUCAACUUUUAGAAAUUAUAAAAAAAAAUAAAGGCAUCGCAUAUGAAAGCGUUCAUAUCAUCGGACAUAGCUUAGGUGCUCAUAUAGCUGGAUGGAUUGGAGAAAGAUUAAAUAAAAUAGGCAGAAUAACAGGCUUAGAUCCUGCAGGCCCAUUUUUUCAACACGCCUCGGAUGAGGUGCGAUUAGAUAAAACUGACGCCAAAUUUGUAGAUAUAAUACAUACAAAUGGCGGAAGCAAUAUUGCUCAAGGAUUCGGCUUGUAUGAAGCUAUAGGGCAUGUGGAUUUUUAUCCCAAUGGCGGAACUAGACAACCAGGUUGUGGGGAUACCACCAUUUUCAAUGUCAUAGACGCCAGGACAUGCGCUCACACAAUAUCAUUAAAUUACUUCAAGUCCUCGAUUGCUAAAUGUAAAUUUCCAGCUGCGAAUUGCAAGAACUACAGAAAUUAUAAUAACAAAGAAUGUUAUUGCAAUAACUCAAUCAUGGAUUAUAUGGGAUUUCAUGCCAAGAAAAUACAAGACAAUGAAAGUCAUGAACUAAAGUUUUAUUUAUAUACUACUGCGUCACCACCAUAUUGUCACAAUACCACUGAAUGCUUUAUUCCAGAAAAGGAAACUGAAAGACAAGGAUUUGUUUUAGUCAUGAUUGAAGCCUUCUUAUCACUGACUAUUUCAAGUAUUCAAAAACUAACAAAUAUUUUAUCCAAGAUCGGAAGUUUCUUCUAUUCAGCUUUUCAAAUUUUUCAAAUUUUUACUUAAAUAAAUAUGUAUUUAAAAUUA